UAAAAACAACAAAUACUGUACUUGAACAUUACACCCCUGGCACUAUAAUUGUAUAAAUCACAAUAAUCACUGAAUUAAUUUAGUUCCUUUAGGACCCAGCAGAGCUCCUCGGUGUCUAUCCCUGUGAUGUAGUACACAUUCUGCCCCUGACGUUUGUGUUGUGGUGUACUGGUAGGGAUCUAUAAUCAUUAAGCUUUGCAGACUGUGGGACACACUAAUCUCCAUUAUAUGAAAGUGUAUUGUCUGAAACUCAACAUCAGGUUGCUGAAUGUUCGCCUUCCAUGUCUAGGUAAAUUGUUACCUGGUAUCAAUCUCAGUCUGAAUGUCGAGCUUCGAGGUUUGAUGCAGGCUGUUGCUAGCUAGCUAGAUAGCUAACGUUAGGACAUUUCACUAGCAGAAUUGCUAGCUAACUUUUUGGUUUUCAAACUUCUGCAUGCUUUAAAAUAUCAAUCACGUUGAACUCGCACCUAAUUAUGCUCGCCAUUUCAACACGGGGCUUUCUGUGGUCGGAUGUCGAGACCAGAACCUUGCUUAACAUCUGGGGCGAGCAGGACAUCCAGACAGCGUUGGAUGGAAACUUCAGAAACAGUCAUGUCUACCGCGACGUCGCCCGAAGGUUGGGAGAGAUGGGGUUCGAAAGAACCCCAGAGCAGUGUAGGGUGCGAAUCAAAAGUCUGAAAAGGCAGUUCCUCCUGGCCAAGGAGGGCAACCUGAGGAACAAUGGACAAUACCACAAGAUCUGCAAAUUCUACGAUGCCAUGGAGAGGAUCCUGAGCAGCCGUCCCCAGAUUGACCCCCAGGAGCUGCUAGACAGUGGGGCUGUGGGGGAUGAGACCAUGGAUGGGACAGAGGAGGAAGAGGACACAGACCCUCCACAGCACCCAUACCUGGAGAGCACAGGGGAAUGCUCUUAUCCAGAGACCCAAGUGAAGAUGGAAUACCCUCCCAUCCCUAUCCCUGUGACCGUGGGAAAUGGCACCACAGUCAGACAGACCAGCAGCAGCCAGUCAGCUAGUGGGCCCUCCUCCAGCCGACCCAAGCGGCCCAAGAAGCGGCACGCCGACCUGCCCCUGGACAGUCUGAUGGAGCGAUUCCUGGAGCAGAGUGCUGAGGCCGAGCAGAGCUUCUACCAGUUGGAGGAGCAGCGUCUGCAGGUCGAGGACCGGCGACGAGAGGCUGAACAUGCCCGCGAGCUCCACAUGCUCCAGGUGUUGGGACAGAUGUUCUCCAGCAUUGCUACCAGAAACCCUGUCGCCCCCGCAACCACAGCAAUGCCGCCUGCUCGGAAUACCAUGGAGUCUACCAUGCAGCCCGGUGUGCCGAUGUCCGCCUCCAGCCAUAUGAUGCGUGGUCGUUCGUGUCACCUCCGAGUCCGCUCGCCCCAAUCCCAGGCUGAGUGGCCCAGCUACCACACUCAGCCACAGUCCAACGCAGGUUCUCAGACUUUAGUCAUCGAGCGCUCCUUCUCCCUUGGGACAGCCGCACGCACAGGCAUGGAUGAUAUCCUUCCACUGGUGAAAAAUAUAGUCCCUCCAUUGACAUCUAAAAAGCACAAAGGCCAAGACGGGCGGAUUGGGAUUAUUGGGGGAUGUCAAGAGUAUACAGGAGCUCCGUACUUUGCUGCUAUUUCUGCAUUGAAAGUGGGGGCCGACCUGUCACACGUGUUCUGCACUAAAGACGCAGCGAUAGUGAUCAAAUCCUACAGUCCGGAGCUCAUAGUUCAUCCUGUGCUGGACAGCCCCAAUGCAGUGGAGGAGAUAGAGAAAUGGCUCCCCAGACUCCAUAGCCUGGUGGUGGGACCGGGGCUAGGCAGAGAUGACAAGCUGCUGAAAAACGCCAAGGAAGUAAUUGAGAAGUCCAAAGCAAGAGAUAUCCCUAUAGUUAUUGAUGCAGAUGGGCUGUGGCUGGUUGCUCAGCAGCCAUCAGUCAUCCAAGGGUACCAGAAGGGCAUCCUGACUCCCAACUACAUGGAGUUCACCCGGUUGUAUGAGGCUAUGUACCAUGAGCCUCUGGAUAGCAGUGACCAUCAGAGGAGUGCCAUGGAGCUCAGUGUUGCCAUGGGCAACCUGACCGUGGUGCUCAAGGGGGAGGAAGACCUAAUCACCGACGGUAACAAGGUGAUCUUGUGCAGACAGGAGGGCAGCGGGAGGCGGUGUGGGGGGCAAGGAGACCUCCUAUCUGGCUCUCUGGGAGUGCUGGCACACUGGGCAUACGCCUCCUCAGCAGACAUGACCAAAAGUGUGAACCCAUCAGUGGUGGCAGCUUUUGGGGCCUGUUCUCUGACCAGACAGUGUAACAAACAGGCCUUUCACAAACAUGGCCGAGCCACCACCACCACAGACAUGAUCCAGGAGAUCAGCUCUGCCUUCAAAAAACUAUUUGAGAGCUGAGAACAGUCUAUAGGAGCAGAGUCCAAGAUAAACUCACAUACAUAUGUACUGUACAUACACUAUAUAUACAAAGGUAUGUGGACACCCCUUCAAAUUAGUGAAUUUGGCUAUUUCAGCAACACCGUUGCUGACAGGUAUAUAAAAUCGAGCAGAGAUUGCCACAGCCAGGCAAUCUCCAUAGACCAACAUUGGCAGUAGAAUGGCCUUACUGAAGAGCGUGGCACCGUCAUAGGAUGCCACCCUCCCAACAAGUCGGUUCAUCAAAUUUCAGUUUGACGAACAGGUGUCCACAUACUUUUGGUCAUGUAGUGUACUGUACAUGUAUACAUAAAGUAUUACAUUCAUACACACAAACAACCCUUUCUUCCAUGGGAAUCCAACUAUCAAUGUAGCUAGUCUUUACCUCAGACAGAAAAGCUAAAGCCCGGAAGUGAAUCCGAUCGCGCCUGUCGACAAUGUGCCAUUUAAAGGUAGUUUCCGAUUGAGUCAACAUUUGCAUUGUUUUACCAUGAAUGCAAUAUUCACGAGCGCGGUAACAUUGCCUUUAAAAGCUGCAUUGUUGACAACCCUCGAUCGGAUUGAGUUCAUAAGAAAUAAUUCACACAAAAAAGAAUGACUCCAACAUAUGAAACCACUUCUAGCAUAACCACAAAAAGAUGUUUGGGAGUGCUGCACUUUUUUUUGCCCACGGUACAGAAGGCUAUAUUGGUUCGCUAAUGCGGACUAGUAAAGGCCCAGUGCGGUACUUUAGUGAAAACACUAAAUUUAAAAAAAUGCAUUAAUUAACUACUACUUCCCACUGGUAUGACUCGUAGUUUAUUUGUGCUCAAUAAGCUAUAGACCUUGAUUAUUUUUUUUUACAUUAAUGAAUUAAUUUAGGCUAUGUUGUCUCUCAUACACUGGACCCAUUGAAACAAAAAAUUACAAUGCAAUAUCUCCUUUACACUGGAGUCUUAUUUUCUUAGUGUCUCCUUUGCUAUUCAAAAAAGUGUGAAAGCCAGCACUUCAUAAUUAAUGGGUCACAUGAGGGUGAGCUGAGAUUACACACCUUAAUAUCAGACUACCCAAUGUACACAUACUGUAACACACUGAGCAAUACCUGGUGAAAGUUAGAGAAUACAAUUAUUUAGAAUCUGUUAUUUGUUUCCAGACAGUUAAUCAUAUUCCAUAAUGACAUUCCUGUCUUUACUGUCAUCAAUAAUAUAAUAUAAGUGAUUAUGUGUUGUCUCCUGUUUUUGGCAACCACCCUAUAUUAAAAAGUUGGAGUUCA